AUGACCAAACUAGUAGAAACGCAUGAACAGCGUGACGCCAAGACUAUCGUAAUUCACGAUAAGUUUGGCACGUUACUUUCAAAUGUCACAGCAAUAGCCAUCAUCCACGGGAAUCAACAUGGUAAAAGCUUGUAG